UAUGUUCACACGAAUUGCAAUAGUAGGUGCAGGUGCUUGUGGUCUAUAUCUAGCAAAGAAUCUACGUGGCCGUGUGUUACCUGGUGCGCGAAUAGAUUUAUUCGAACGGUUGCCACAUCCAUUGGGACUUUUACGAUACGGUGUAGCGCCAGAUUCACUUUCUAUACGAGAUAACGCACGUAAUCUACUAGAUAGUAUACAAGAGCGGUUUUUCUACAAUAUACGAGUGGGUUACGAUAUAGGUAUUGAGGAAUUGCUGAAGUACUAUCACGUAUGCAUACUGGCCUGUGGAUCUGAAGUUUCAAAGGAUUUUCCAAUACCCGGCGAUGAUGCCAAAGGGGUGUUUGAUGCACUUGAUUUAGUACGCUGGUACAACGGACACCCAGAAGCGACGGAGGACGUCAAGAGGUACUUCGAACUACUAGAAGCAAUUAACAGACCGAUAAACGUAUCAGUCAUCGGUAAUGGUAAUGUAUCCUUAGACAUUGCCCGAAUACUGCUGACACCACCCGAGGAAUUAGAAUCAACUGAUAUAAACAAGGAUUAUUUGAAACAUAGAAAAGGGGUAAAAAUACAAAAGGUAGAUAUCCUAGGAAGACGAGGUAUUAUAGAAUCGUCAUUCAGCAACGCUGAAGUAAGGAAGAUACUGGAUUCUAGACACUUUAUAUGUUAUACUGACCCAGAAAACCUAGAUAAGUUGAAUCAAACAGAGCGUAGCGUUACUCGAGCUAUCCAAAGGAAGAUAGAUCUCUUCAAACGAUCAGCUGAUAAUGCCUCUAAACUACGUGAUACCCCGAAUCACCGACUGUUAAAAUUUGACUUUUAUAGAUCCGUACACUCCGUGAUAAGUCAAUUGGAUAGGGAGUGUAAUACGAGGUCUAUAUUAUCAUCGGAACCUGGUAGCAUAGAUAGACCAAACAGGAGAUAUCCUAUAACCCAGCUUGUACUGGAUAUAAACAAGUUGAAUGAACAAGGAAUAGCGUACGCCAGUGGCCAAAAAUUAGCUAUAGAUUGCGAUAUGCUAAUAAAGUGCGUUGGGUUUGAUAGAACACAGGAAGCGAAGCGGUUGUUGCCCCUGGUAGAUAAUAAACGCGUGUUUAGCUGUGGAUGGUUUGCUACCAACGGGAAGGGUGACCUGUCAAACACACUGGCUGCCACUGUUGCCCUAUCGCGUAUUAUUGCCAACACAACAUUCGAUUUCCCAGUGGAAGAGGAUAUAGUAGAUUUAUUCAUGUCAGAUCCCAGAUAUAAACAUGUCAGAACUGGAAGCGAUAGACGACUGUGAAGGAC